AUGAUAAACUACUUAUGUAAUUAUAUAUCUGUAAUUAGAACAAAGUGAGUAUUCUUCAUUCCCAUUUACUGAAAGAAGAAUAAGCAAUCAAGUUUUAAUUAGUAGUAAUCCAUAAUCAAAAUCUAAAAUAAUAAUCUAAGAUGAUUUAAGAAAAACAACAAAAAAGAGUUCACUCUCACAUUUCAUAAGAUUAUUAAAAGAGCGUGAAGAACGUGAAUAAGAUGAACUUAUACCAUAAAUAACAGAUAAGUAAAUGUAAACUAAAAAGUUUAUAAAUUUAAAACCUUUAAAAAAGGCUAUAGAGAAAAUAAAUCAAUUAAGAUAAGAAUAAUAGAGUAGAAGAAAAUCAGCAUAUGGUGAAUGUUUUGGUGAAUUGACAUUAAAAUAAUUGGAGAAUAUUCCAACAUAAAUUGAAUAACAUAAAUAAAUUAAUGGAUAAAGAUUUGCAUUAACAAGUUUUGCUGAUAUUUUAGAGAGAAAAAAAAGAAAAAGAACAACUAAAAGACAAAGUCUCUUAAGAUAAUUAUCGAAAUAAGAAUCUUUGGUUGGUAUGAUUAAAUUUUAUUAUAAUUAUAGAAUAUGAUAAUUUGGAAAGACCACCAUCUUGUAAGACACCACCAAAAUAAAUAAUAAUUAAAUAAUAAUAACCUAAAUAAAAAUUAGAAUCAUAAAAAGAGAAACAAUUUAAAUAAUUAGAUAAAAAGAUGACCAUUUUUUUAUUAAGAAAACCAUCUGAAGUUAAAGAAUAUGUACAAAGAAAAAAGGCAUAUACAAUAUAAGUAACUACACCUUAAUCUUCUUCUUUAACAGGAAAUUAUAGAAAUUCAACAUUAAUUCCAAAUUUACCUAUAAAUAAAGUUUAUAGAUGUUAAACUAAUUCAUAUGAAUAAAAAUAUGCACCUUAAUUUAGUAAUCGAUAGAUUUAGAAUAUAGAUAGACCAUAUAUUAGAUAUAAUAAAACAUUAAUAAAAAUCAUUAAAUCAGAAAUAAAAAAUAAUUCAUAAAAUAUGCAAAAGUCAAUUCAUAAUUUAUGA